AUGGGGGAGAGUGGUGCUUUCAGAGAUGAAGUAGGAAGGCUUCUUGUGGUAUUUUCUUCAGGCUUCUUGACUGGUGAAGCCGGGGCUGAUUGGGCCUUGGUUUUGGCAGAGUCUUUGUUGGCUUCAUUUCGCUCGUCAUUUUUCUUUAUUUUUCCCCCCUUUUCUUCUUCUUCUUCUUCUUCUUCUUCUUCUUCUUCUUCUUCUUCUUCUUCUCUUCAGGAAGUGGUGGUACUUUUGGGUCCCUUCUUGACGACUUACGUCCAUUCUCCUGUUUUCUUGGUUGCCUGUGCUGUUGCCUGUGAUGUUGCUGAUUCAUUUUUCCUUUUGGGGUGGGAAGCAGAAAAAGAUACGGGCUCCGAAGUUUUUUCAUAUCUAUCUAUCUAUCUAUCUAUCUAUCUAUCUGUCUGUCUGUCUACUCUGUCCCUUCACAUCUAUCUAUCUAUCUAUCUAUCUAUCUAUCUAUCUAUCUAUCUAUCUAUCUAUCUAUCUAUCUAUCAAUACACUACGUUCAUAUCAAUCUAUCUAUCUACGUAUAAAUCUAUGAAUAAACUCCAUACAUAUCUAUCUAUCUAUCUAUCUAUCUAUCUAUCUAUCUAUCUAUCUAUACAGUCCGUUCACAUCUAUCUAUCUAUCUAUCUAAGAGAGCUUAAAUGCACCAAACACAUUAUCUAUCUAUCUAUCUAUCUAUCUAUCUAUCUAUCUAUCUAUAUAUAUAUAUAUAUAUAUAUAUAUAUAUAG